AUGCCUAGGACUGUAUCUUCAUGGGUUUCAGCUUUUGAAUGUCUUCAUUCCUUCAUCAUCAUCAUUUUCAUCAUCAUCAUGACAUGUCGCUAUACGAUUUCUACACCAAUAAUCUAUCUUUUUACUUUAUUUAUCCAUGUUGCUGUUACCUAUGAUCUUGCUGCUCACAAAAACUUUUCUCUGGAAGAGGAGACAUUGUUGAAAACUGUGGACAAACUCAUUGACUUAUACUUAUUGUUUCCUUUCACUGCCACAAAGCUGCAUCAUGCUCAAAAUAACUACUUUUGUCAAAUACAUACAUUUCUAUGGAGAGUAGUUGUCUAA